ACUGCAUCGGCUGCCUCUGCUGUCAUUCCUGCCUCUGCUGUUGCAACCCACCAAUGCAAUGUCGUCCAUUCAGGACUAUCUCAACAAGCACUACCUCUCCGGCCCUCCUGGAGACGGAUCCAAGAAGAAGAAGCGAAAGACAAAGGACGGUGCCCCCGCUUCGGCGCCAUCGUCACUAUCGGCUUCGAGCUCGACCCGGCCAGCACUCGGAACCCAGAUCAUCGACGACGACGACAGUCUCGGCUGGAAUCGGGGCCCAGGCGACGCUGGAUCAAGCCGCGAUGGAUUGAGAGCACCCGGUCGACCCUCUGAACCGGCCCGGCUUGGCCGAAGCCAUCGCUAUGACGACGAGGACGAUCGUGACAACGAUGAUGGUGACGACGGCGACAACCGCAGAAACAAUGCCGCCGACCGGGACGACGCAGACGACGAGGACGGAGAGUUUGCUCCGCAGAUCGAUGAAGAUGCCGCCCGCCUGCUGGACCAGCAGCAGAAACAGGCCCGGUUCAAGAGCAGCGGCUGGGUUGUGGUUGGAGGAGCCAAGGACAACGAGCAGCUCGAUAGCAACCAGGCUUCUCCCACAGGUCCAAGAGACGACUCGGGCCGCCCAGAGGAGCAGAGCUCACCGCCACGGCGACGAGCCCGAAGACGACGACGCACGCCCAGCCCGAGCCCUCCGCCACCCGGCAGUCAGGACGACACCAACAACACCAACGAUGCCAACGAUGCUCGCCGGGGACGCGGCGGCAGCCCGUCGCCCGAUUCCAACACCAUCCGCAUGUCGGAUGGGUCUCUUGCCGGCCUGCAAACCGGCAGGCAGAUCCGAGCCGACUUUGAGCGGCGCCAGCAGGACCAGCAGCAGCGGUUCAACGAGCUCGACCCCUCGCUGACCGGCCGGGAUGCCAAGACAGUCUACCGCGACCGCAUGGGCAAGAAGGUCGACCAGGUCGCCGAGCGGGCCCGCCAGGCCGAGCUGCAGCGCAAGUGGGAGGAGCAGGAAAGCGCCCGCAUGGUCUGGGGCAAGGGAUAUGCCCAGGUCAAGGAGGCCGAAGAAUCCGCCCGCCGUCUCGAGGCUGAAAAGUCGGCAAAGUUCUCCUUCUAUGCCGACGACCGCGAGCGCAACGAAAGCCUGAAACAGGUCGACCGCUGGGGCGAUCCCAUGGCCGGUCUCGUCAAGAAGAGGAGCAACAGCAGCAAGGCCGUGUACUCGGGCCCGCCCGGCCCGCCAAACCGCUUUGGAAUCCUGCCGGGAUAUCGGUGGGACGGCGUCGAUCGCUCCAACGGAUUUGAGGCUCGGCUUUUCCAGCAACAGAAUGCCCGGACAGCAAUGGCCGAGGAGGCAUACAAGUGGUCGACCGAGGAUAUGUGAUGGAUAACGACAGCGGCUCCCAAACGAACGAACGAGAAACACCAUCCAUCGCAAGAGCCCGAUCUUGAUUGCUGGAACUCUGGGCAAUCUCCUCUUGGGUAUUCCCCGAUGGCGCUCAUCAAUACACCAGGGACGAGUCUGGUCGCCAGGGACGUUGUGUGGACGUCCUUCAGCCCUCGCUCUAGUCGUAACGAUCGAUCAAUCCAGGCCCGCCUCAGCUCACUGAUCUGAUGAACCAGCGAAUGCCCCACUCCUCGCUGUACGGACACCAUCAUGUUGGUUUUGAUAUCUGGUUUUAUUACUGGCCGAUACAUGCGACACUGUUUCGUCUUACCACGAGAGAGAGAGAGAGAGAGAGAG